GAUGGUGUGUGGCCUGUUCCCGUCAGGCUCCUCACUCGUGUCCGGGUUGUGUGGGGCUGAGCCGGCGGGAGGGUUCGGUGGGGCUGAGCUCAAUAGCACGGGAACAAUUACAUUGUAUACACAGGAUUGAGCUGAGACAAAGUCUCCUCUAGAUACGGGAGGAGCAUGGGGAAGUCCCAGCGUGAGCAGCCGGAAGUCACGUGACUGAAUCCUGACUAAUCCCGCCCACAGCUGACUGGCCCCUCCCCCGCAGCUCAGGAACAUUUCUCUGGCCAAUCUGUGAGCCUGUUCUGGUCCCACACCCGGGAGUGACUAUAGAGAACACGCCCACGAGGCCUCAUUCAUGACUAAUUACAGCUGACGCUUAGUGCAGGACAUAUGGGGUUAAGUUCUCUGUGGAGGCAGGACAAACCCAAAUGACUGUUUAGGCUCCUCCUCUUCCUGUGUGUCCUCAGUUCAUUGGUUGUCCUGCUUGGACUCACGUACUUCUGGACUCCUCUUUAACUGCUCAUCUCUCCUUAAGCUUCUGACCUCCCCGAGUUUAAUUCAGCCCCAUGGAUUGGAUAUUCAGGCUUAGGGCAGACACACGCUACAAUUCGGGAAAGCGACUAAUCGAUUCUUCUUCGGGCGACUAAUCUCCCCGAUGUAAAUCGCUGGCGGGGUGGCACUCAGAUUGCUUUGGCUUUCUGAAGUCGCCCAAAGUUUCCUCGUAAAGUUAACUUCAGCAGCGGCCUCCAUAACCGCUCAUAGAGCACUCUGGUUGAGACAAUGUUCAGGGGACACGGCGUCCAAGAUAAGUCUCACUAAAAUUUGAAGGCAUACGAUUAUUUGGUCCAGAACUAAAACUAAUAAUUUCUGAGGUGACAGGAGGAAAAGGAUCUUUCCUUCCUCAGGACAAGAGAAAACACAAAAAUACGCACAAGCGUAAUUAUUUCAACCGCUCAUGGGGUGGUUACCAUGACAGUCACAGCAGAAAUCAGCCAGGAAGGGAGCUCCACCUAAGAAUCGGGAUUCCUGACUCUCCCAUAAUGCAAGAUGCAAUGCAGGUGGGGGGGCAGACUCCAGAACUUUGGAUAGACUCCGUAGCAGAUACUUGGCCACUCAAUACGAUUUCAGUGGGUCACAAAAUAUUUUUCACCGAAUCGUUCCAUCAAAAACUUCAUCAGAACUACCCAGACCACAGCCAUGGCCGAAAUUCUACAAGACCUACAAGAGAAAGGAGUAGUAACUCAGGUGCCACUCAAACAACAAUUUCUACUCAAAUCUUUUUCUAUUUUCAAAAAAAGACGGUGGUUUCUGUCCAGUCUUGAAUCUGCACCCACUAAACAAAUACAUAAAGUAUCUGUGCAUCAAAAUGGAGUCUAUUCACUCCAUCACUACAGCCAUACCGGUAGCAGCGUUUAUGACCAAGGUGGAUCUAAAAGAUGCCUAUCUUCACAUUCCGAUUCACCCGGACCACCACAAAUUCCUCCGAUUUUUUCUAGGUCAACAACAUUACCAAUUCCAGGCCAUGCCCUUUUGCCUAACGUCAGCACCCGGGAUCUUCACAAAGGUUCUAGGGGCUCUAAUAGCAAAAAUUCGCCCAAAGGGAAUCCAUAUAUUUCCAUAUUUGGAUGAAAUCCUGAUUUUCGAAGAUUCGGACGAUAAGGCCAACCAAGACACUCAAAUUUGCAUCUACCAACUCAAACAUCAAACAUGGAUCAUCAGUUACCAAAAGAGCACCCUGACCCCCAAACAAAUCCUACUAUUCCUAGGCAUGGUAGUUGACUCUCUAAGUCAAUGCUUAUUCCAACAGAGAAAAUCAUCAAACUACAGUUGCUGUACAGUUUACUGGACCUUAUGGCAUCGACUAUAGAUACAGUUCCAUUUGCAAAAUUUCACAUGAGACCACUGCAAAGAGAAUUUUUGAGAUGGUGGAACAGAGAUCACAGAAUCUCUCACAACCAGUAAUACCGUCUACAGUGGUACACAACAGUCUUCACUGGUGGACACAAGAAGGCAAUCUUUCCAAGGGCAAGCCUUGGUAUCUCCCAGAUCCAGUAGUGAUUUCCAGAGAUCUUACAGGUUGGGGAGCAGUUUUCAGGGUCUUUGGAAUUCUCAAGUACAGAAAUUACACAUAAAUGUCCUUAGAUAUGGGCCAUACUAAAUGACCUCCUUCGUUGGUCAACAAUUCUCAACACACCGCACAUUCAUAUACAAUUAGACAACAGCACAGCUGUCGCCUAGCGUGAUCUAAACACUUCUAGCAUCAAGAAGCCCUUCCACUUGUAAGACGUAUCGUUGCAUUUGGCGAAUCUUUUUUCCUGGUGCGACAUGCGAGACAUCACAUGGAGUAAACCACCAGUCAGGAGCCUUGUCCCUUCCUGGGAUCUCAACAUUGUUCUGGAAGCACUGCAAGCUCCACUUUUUGAACCUAUCAAUUCAGUGGAACUAAAAUUUCUCACACUCAAGACUGUGUUUCUUAUGGCCAUAUCCUCAGCAAGGAGAGUAUCGGAAUGAGCCUCUCUUUCCUGUAAAUCUCCAUGGCUCAAAUUCCAUCCUGACAAGGCAGUACUUCGCACCAAUCCAGCAUUCCUACCUAAGGUAGUCACUGCAUUACACUUGAACCAAGAUAUUGUAAUCCCAGUUCUGCAAUCUCAAGUGCCGGACUGUCCAACAGACAGUACUGUUACUUUUGACCCAGUUAGAGCCCUCAAAACCUACGUAGAGAGAACUCAUUCCAUCAGACACACGGAAGCAUUGUUUAUCCUAAUUGAGGGUCACAAGGUGGGAUAUCCCACUUCCAAGAGAUCCAUAGCUAGAUGGAUAGUAGAAUCAAUUUCCACAGCGUAUACCAAGGCAGGAAUGCCACCUCCCUUGCCACUCCGUAUCCAUUCCACAAGGAAGGUCAAUGCCUCCUGGUUCUACCACCAAGAGACUUUGUUAGAAGCAAUAUGUCAAGCAGCCACCUGGGCAUCACCUCAUACAUUUUCAAGUUCUACAAGUUUGAUGUUUUCCAUGUUCAACAGUCUGAGCUUGGCAGGAAGGUGCUACAAGCAGUAGUAGCACGUAGUUAACUUAGUACAGUUAUUUUUUUCCACACAUUAUACAGUUUUUUCCCCUACCCUUUUUUGGACGGCUUUGAGACAUCCUCAUACGUCCUGCACUGACAGGUAGGGCUGAACGGAUUUGUCCUGCCACCAGAGCCAAGUUAACCCCAUAUGUCUUAAACUGACAGUACGCAAAAGAGAUUUACCAGGCACCCAGUGAAAUAACCGUGAUACCCAGUGGGGUGCUGAAUACAGUUGGUGGGUGAGGAAGCCGUGGAGUCGGUAGCCCAGCAGGUGCUGCAGGAUGAGCUCUUCUCAUCGGGAUUCUGUGUUCUUCACUGAUGUGGCGGCCACUUUCUCUGAGUGUGAGUGGAACAUGCUGGCCCAGUGGCAACGGGAAGUGUACGGCACAGUGAUGCGCGAGAUCCACACUGUACUCAUGGACCUGGGCUACCACAUUCACAAUUCCGAAAUCCUCUUCAGAAUCACCAAAAACGAGGAGCCGGGGAGAAGCCAUCGCUAUGUGGCGGCCAGAAGCAAAGAGGGCCACGCCCCUGACAUUCUGCUGAGAAUUAACUAUGUGGGGGAGCACCCCGUCUCCAGUGACCCUGAAGAAUCAGAUGAGGGAUCAAGGACGGGACAGAAUGCGAGAGAGCCGUCCCCAGACUUUCUCCUGAGAAUUAAACAAGAGGACGAGCAGUACUGCACUAACCCCUGUGACUCUCACGUGGGCUCCCAGCUAGAGACCCCGGCCGGCUCCCAGGAGGAACACAAAGGAGACCCUUUCCUCACUCCAGAAAGAAACAGCGAAUGGAGUCCAACCAAAGUUCUUCCAAGAUCCAAGAGGCCCAGCAGUGGAGAAACCACAGAAGUGGCUGAUAGAGCGCAAACGCAGAGACGCCAGGGUAUCACUGAUCAGAUCAAGCAGGUGUCUGCAUUGUAUGAGUCUAAUAAGGAAACGCAACCCAGAGAUGUUCAAGCUCCUCCCCAGCUAUUCCCAGAACGUAGUUUAGCAGACAUGAGACUGCCCUUCCCCGAGGCACAGGAGACAAAGGACACAAGCCCAUACCAAGCUUUUCCCGAUGAUGCUCCAAUCAGCUUCCAGCAGCAGGGUCAGACUUUCAUGAUCUGCUGUGUGUGCGGCAAAAGCUUCUGUAACAAUUCCAGCUUACAGGUGCACAUGAGGACCCACACGGGCGAGCGCCCCUAUAAAUGCUCCCACUGCAACAAGAGCUUUAUCCGCAGCUCCCACCUGAAGAUCCACCUGCGCACCCACACGGGAGAGCGGCCAUAUAAAUGCACCGAGUGUGACAAGAGCUUCCGGGACAACUCCAGCUUCGCCCGACAUCAGCGAAUCCACACGGGAGAGAAGCCCUACCAGUGCCCCACGUGCAGCAAGUAUUUCCGCAAGAAGUCCAACCUGAACGACCACCAGCGCACCCACACAGGGGAGAGACCCUACAAGUGCAAACACUGCGACAAGAGUUUCCACCAAAAGUCCAACCUCAGAGUUCAUGAGAGGAAUCACCAUGGAGAGGACUGCUGAGGCUGCUGGGAAAGUGUGUAGAACUACAGGAUGUGCAGCUUGUACUAGAGAUGCCCCAUACUUCACUCUCAGCUACAUGCCAUGGGCUCACCCACCUUCUAAGCAUGGGUAGCAGUUCUGUACUAUAUCAGUACAGAGCUCUGAUUGGCUGAGGUACAUGGACUGGGCAUGGGGUACACAGAACAUUGGUUGCCAUUCCCAUGUGGCACUGAACUCUAGAAACGAGGGCCACUAUUCCCUCUGUAUAUGAGAGAUGUCAUUGUGCAGCAGCUCCUUCUCUUUGGUUUGGACCCCACUGCUAUAACUCUAUUUGCAAUUCUCUGGCCCACUCUUCUGUAGUGAAACUCCUGCAGAUAGUGACUAGUUCAGAAAUGAUCCCAUAAAACUAUGGCAGCAUAGGUAUUCCCUGUACUAAGCACAAUUCAGCAGGAACAGUCCCUAAGUUUGCUCAUAGUCUGUACAGAGAUCCCAUAAAACUAUGGCACAUAGGUAUU